AAUCAUAGUCCAUGUGCUUCUUCUUUCUUCUCUUUCUACUUAGGUUUUUCCCAUGAAAACUCACCAUUAUUCUUUCCAAAUACAUUCUCCACCCUUACCGAUGGUUUUACCGACAACCCACCUCACGAGUUCCAUCCUUAAAAUGAAUUCAUGAAAUAUAUAUAUGCUCCACAAAAAUUCAAGACCACAAGAUUCAAGCAUAACUUCAUCCAAAAUCCAUACUUUUCUGUGUUUAGAAAAAAUGGGUGGAAUGUAAAAAUGAAAACCAACCAUCAUUCAAAAGGAACAUGCAAAGAGGAAGCUUGCGAUUGAAGGUGUCGAUCUUCCUCAUCUCCUCCUCCAAUCGCUUGACGAAAUCGUCAAGCUUUGAAAGCCUCUCGGUCACAUUUCCAAUCAAAGAAACCUCUUUGAGGAAAUCAUUGAUCGUUUUUGGAACCAAAAUGGGUCUAAAAUCCAAGCUCAGUUCAAGAUGAACCGAACCCAUCUUCACAAAUUUAGAGAGUGAUUUAGAUCCCUUCCGGUAUUGGGUUCUGAUAUCUCUUCCUCUCUAUUCGCUUUUGCUCGCUUUGGGUUUGAGUGUGUGAUUCGUGGCAUCGCGUAUUAAUCGAGGUAACUGAGGUAUGAAGAAGAUGAAAAAUCUGGGAUUACAGAGAGAUAGAAGAGAGCUUUGGAGAAGAUGAAAGUGAAAUGACGAUUCUACCCUUGAAAAGUUAACGGAGUUGACGAUUUUACUGUUCCCAGGUACUAAUAUUGGGUCGGGGUUAAAAGUCCAGGUACCAAUCUGAUAUUUUUUAAAACUGAGAUACGAAAGUUACUAGUGGCCGAUAGUUCAGGAACUGUUUGUGAUUUUUUCCCUACUUUUUAGGACGUUUACGUACAAUCAAUCACUAGAGAUUAAGUAGUUGAUCCUUAUUUUUUGUAGAUAAUAAUUUAGAUACUAUUUAGAAAAAUAUUAAAAGAAAGAGAAAAUGAGUCCAUAUUUAUGAGUUCUACCUGUUGGAUACCAUUUAAAAAUCAUGCUUUACGAGUAGUGAGUUCAUGACAUGGAAUAACUUCAAUAAAAAUAGGGAUUGACAUGGUUUGACAUGUUUGAACGUGUCAUAUGGUCGUCUUCUGAAAUUCAUGUCACUUAAAUUUCACAUAUGUUAGGGAAUAAGAGCAUGAGUUUUAGAAUAUGGUUGAAGUUGGGGUAUGAACUCGCAUAGUUUUUAACUUUUUAUUUUUGGAUAACUAGAGUCUAUUAGGAAAAUUGAAAUGAUGGGCUGUUGAGAUAAUAUAUUAGCCCGAUGGGUUCUUGAGAUGAUGGGCUAUUGUUUGACAUAUGCGUGACUCAUACGUAGCCGGCUCGUGGAAGGGCCCAAUGGGUUUCCUAAUCCGAGUGCUGAAGAGAAACAGCGCACCGUAAGAAAAUAAAAAGAAAAGAAAUUAGAAAAAGGGAGAAGAUUCCAGUAGACCAAUCUCUACCAGCUUGCCGCUCUCUCGUCGGCUCUGGAUUUUGAAAUCCAAGUACCUGAAACAAGAAUUGUUCCUCCCUGAAAUUCACAUUCUCAAAUUCACAGUAGUCUUUAGUCGUUGUGGUCUGGCUCUGUGGCUCUCGAUUUGGGCUCGGAAAUGGAAGCCAAAGCUUUCGCAGCAGACAAGUUUAAAGCUCUGACGAAAUCCACCCAGGACUUCUUCGACAGUCUCAUCCAUGGGCCUCCUAAACCUCCACCUCGCCGCAAUAAUCCGAUUGCUAUAUUGAAGCGGUUGCAACGAGAAGCGUUUUCGGACUUGAUGAAAUUGAGGGAUAGACAGGAUAAAGUUGAGAAAAUUGUGUCCUUGUAUGGGACUUCAGGAGGAAAAGGGAGUCCUUUCCAGGAGGCCAACACCCUUAUCAGGGGAGAGUUUGAUCACUUGGGGGCGUUAUCAUUCAUGCAUAAUGAUGAUGAGUCUCAUCAAGAAUCCGAGGCUCUUAGUCAGGCAGGAAUAUUAACUGGGAUUAAGUCAAGGUUCAGUGUUGAAACAACUGUUCGAGAAAAUGAUACGCUUGUGGCAGAGUUUGUGGCCAGUGAAAAACACAAAAAUGAUCUCUCUGAUCUUUCAGAAUGCUCGCUUUCUCUAGCAAAAGUGGCGUAUACAGCAAAUGUUAGUGAUUGGUUAUCUGCAAUUGCAAUCCCAGUGGGAGCUCAAUGCAGGGAUGUCGCAGUUCUUACAAAUCCUUCUCAUCAGGGAAAGGGCCUAACUCAUUUUUCAUCAUUUGGACCACCUCUUUUAAAUGAGCGUAAUGGUAGUGCAAUUGGCUUGAUGGUAAAAAAAUCAAAUGUUGUUGCUUCAUUGGCACAGUUUGUUUCUGGACAAGUAGGUUCUAGUAGAGUCGGGCGCUGCUUCAGCACUUUUGGGCAAGUUGUCUGUCAACUCCCUGCAAGAACAAAGCUCUCACUUCUGGGUCUUCACCAAGCGCCUAAAUUAUCUAGUGAACAUGUCAAUCAUGUAGCUUCUAACUUUGGAUUAGGCGAUUUGAUACAACAUCUAUCCCCUGAGACAACAGUUGAAGCAUAUACUCCACCCCUGGGAACAAGCUCACAGGAAAAUGUGUCAACUGGACCAACUGGAUCCAUUGCUCUGAUGCUGGAAUCCGAAAUUGAUGAGAUUACAAAGAUUGGAGGUUGGAUUGAGAUGAAGCAAUCGAAUCCCAAGAAUUUAGAAUGGGCUGUUACCGUAUCUGAUGACUCUGAAGAUUCCUUUGGAUGGGGAGUGAGUUUAAAUGGUGGACUGGGAGUCGAAGGCCCCCAAAGUUGGAACCAUUUCCAGGUUGAAUCCUACUUGAAACUUAACUUGGGUAAGAGACUGAGUGUAAAGCCAGGUAUCACAACACAUCUAGUGGAUGGCAAACCCAGAAUGACUGCUCUGAUGCUUCGAUCUAACUGGUUCCUCUGAGCGAUCAGAGUCUCAUUUUUGGUGCUAAUUACUGGAACUAAUUGAUCCAAGGGUUCCAGCACAUUUAUCUUUUUCCGGCACAUCAAAUUCUGAAUAGUACUUGGCUUCUUAUGUUCAGAUGUUUUGUAUAAUGUAAGUUUGACUCUAGUGUAGUGAGCAUUUCUUCCUCUUCUGUACCAAGUAUGUGUUAUUAUUA